AUGGCUGUCACCUCUGGAGGCUUUUCACAGGAGAGAUCAGGUCUAUUCUUCUUGUGGUUGUUUCAUCUUUGCCUUACGCUGUUGUCCAUUCUCAGGUAUGAACACAACAAAACAGGACGUGUUCUCAUCAACAGUCUGUGCCUGUCAAAUGGAGGUAUUUUCCCAGAAACUCACCAUCCAAGAUUCAUUCAAAAGAUUCUCAAGGACGGUGGCUUUCUGGCACCCGUUAUUACCCGGCUGUCAAACUAUUUCUUCUUUACCAAAGGGCUUUCGGCGGUCUUUGGUCCAUACACUCAGCCUUCAGAUGCUGAAUAUUGGGACAUGUGGACGGCGGUUCGGACAAAUGAUGGCAACCUUGUGAUUGACAGCGUUUUGCAGUUCAUCAACCAAAGGAAGAAGCACAGGGACCGCUGGGUCGGAGCCUUGGAAUCCACAUCUGUUCCCUUGCAUCUGAUUUACGGACCGCUGGACCCUGUGAAUCCACAUCCAGAGUUUCUACAGCUCUACAAAGAAGUGCUUCCGAUGUCCACGGUCUCCGUCCUGGACGACCACAUCAGCCACUACCCACAACUGGAGGACCCCCAGGGCUUCUUGAACGCUUACUUGAACUUCAUCAACUCUUUCUGAGCCAGGACUUCCCUUCUCCAGAGACAUUUGGGGGGGGGGGGCUUGUUGGUUUGUUUACAUUGAAUAGGGCUACAUCAGGCAUGGGCCAACUUGGGCCCUCCCUCCAGGUGUUC